GCUCAGCCCCGCGCCGGUCACGGACCCCCGGCCCGGCAGCGACCCCCGCCCGCCGCUCUUCUCCUCGGGGAGGGACACGGGGGACACCGGCACCGGGAGUGGGAGCGGGAGCUUGCUGGGGGGGGCAGCCCCGCACCUGCUGCGUCGGAAGGGAGGGACACGGGGGCUCAGCCCCGCACCGGGGAUCCCCCGGCCCGGCCGGGACGCCCGCCCGCCGCCCUUCGCCCCGGCCCGGGCGGGGCCGGUGCCGGGAACUGCGGUGGCUCCUGCGCGGUGGCGGAGAUGGAGCGGCCGGUGCCGCUGCCCCGGGGGACCCGGCCCUGGGCCCGGCACUACUACGAGGGCUUCGUGGACAAGUGGGGGCCGCGGGAUCAGGGCUACCGGAGGGUCUGGGCCGGGCUGCUGGGGCUCAAACUCGCCUUCUACACGGGGCCCCAGGACCACGAGCCCCUGGAGCUGCUGGACCUGGGCGAGCUGGUGACCGUGCAGGCCGAGGGUGGGGUGCUCGUCCUCAAGCUGAGGGGACAGGAGGUGACAAUGAAGACAGAGAGCUGGGAGAAGCAGGAGAUGUGGCGGGGAUUCAUCCUGACCAUGGCCAAGAUGAAGAUUCCCCAGGACCUGGCGCUGCUGCCCGGACACAACUUCCAGCUCCUGCAGGCUCUGCGGGAGGAGCAGGAGCACAGGGACACCCCCGUGUCGCCGACCACCCCCGUGUCGCCGACCACCCCCGUGUCGCGGACCACCCCCGUGUCCCCGACCACCCCCGUGUCCCCGACCAUCCCCGUGUCGCCGACCACCCCCGUGUCCCCCAGCCCCUCCGAGCCGGUCCCCAGCUGUUUUUUCCAGGUGACGCGUGCCGAGGCCGAGCGGCUGCUGGAGCAGAGCGCGGGCAGGGGGAACCUGCUGCUGCGGCCCGGGGGACACGGCCAGGGCGUCUCGGUCACCACGCGGCAGGAGCUGGACGGGACAGCGCUGCUGAGGCACUACAGGGUGAAGAGAGAGGACCAGGGCUACGUCGUCGACGUGGAGACCCCGCACCGCUGCUCGUCGCUGGCAGAGGUGGCGCAGUUCUUCGUGCGCCGCAGCAAGGGCAGGCUGCAGCCCCUGGAGCCCGAGUACAGCGCCCAGCUGGAGUUCGUGCCGAUGGAGGGGAGCCCCCCCCCGGCUGCGGCCGCGCUCGGGCCGGCCCUGAGGAGGGGGAGGCCGGCCCUGAGGAGGCGCAGAGGCCCCCCCGGGCUGGGGCUGGUGCCCGAGGAGCAGAUCUACAUGAACGACCCCGGGAGUACCCAGGAGCUGCUCAGGGAGCUGCAGAAGAAGCUGCAGCUGCGCCAGGCUCAGUGAUGGGGACACUCUGGGGGGGUCCCGCUGGCCCCCACUCUGUGCCAGCAGCCAGCAGGGGCAGUGGGACCCCCUCACCCUCAGGGAAAGCUGUCCCCAGUGUCCCCUGGCCUGGGGUGACACUGGGGAAGGAACCCCCUCAUGUUAGAGGGGGGGCACUGUAAAUA